AUGUGGACCGCGUGUUUUCUACUGUUUUUCGCUGCGCCGCAAGAUAUGGCUGCUAAUCAGUGUCGGAGCUUGAACAUAAUGAGUGACUCCGAUUCUUCAGACUGUGACCUACUUGUGCAAGCACUUCCAGUGCCGGACAUGGAAUCCGAUGAACCCCCCGACAUCCAGAAGGCAAUGACCUCUCCGGAAGAAUAUAUUCGUCUUGUUCGAUACGAAGCCGCUAGCUAUCCAUCUGUGCUACACGCCCCGAUCGACGCCGCAGACGUUUGUUCCUCUGCACUCGCAACGAACAAUAAUGCAUCUGUCUCUCCUACCUUCGUUUCAGACGCUCACGAUGAUCUUCUGGCUACCUUUGAGUAUAGAGCUUUAAAAUCUCUUGUAACUGAAGACUGCAAGCAGCCGCUUUCUUCGGAUUCGUUAGAAAAUCCUGACCUACUGGAUCAACCGCCUACUUUGCAAUCGAUUGCUCAUCUAAGCAGGCCGGAACUUUUUUCUGUGCUGGAACUCGUGGCCUCGAAGUGCACAAAGAAGCGUUGGAAGUCAAGUAUGGCUGUUUGGAUUCUGUCUUUGAUGAUGGCUUUGGAGCCUCCUCUGCAUCCUGAUAUUCAUCACUUGCUACGCACCAUUGCCAGGCGGUGUCGUAAAUUGAAAAAGGAGCUUGAAUCGGAUAAGAAAAGUUCGGAAGAUGACCUGUUUUUCGGCCUCUGUCCAAUUCUCGUCGCACGAAACUUUGGUCAGUUGGACCUUCUGGAGUCCGCCUGA